GUCGACAACCCGGAAGUGGGUUGAACGUGCAUGUGGACUCUUAGCAAGUUGACGGCUUUGUAUUUGUUAUACAGAAGAGAGGAGAAAGUUUGGGGAUGUUGCAGCGUCCCAAGCCCACAGACUCAGAGGUGGACUUGCUCCAGGAGCAGGAGUGUUUUCUAGCCUCUGGCAGCACACCGGCGGCCACCGUGACGCGGAGGGCAGACAAGCGUAGAGGGGACAAUGCUUCAGCAGACAGUGAUGAUUCUCCUGUGAAUCCAAGAGAUGUUGUGACGAUAGCAGAUCUUUCUGACGAGCUGCCUGACUUGACUCCUGUGCCACCCAAGAAGACUUGUUCCAAAAAAGUGAGGUUUGAGAAUGAAGAUCCAGAGGAACUUCUGGACAGGCAUGACACUCACAUCAGUGCCGUUCUCUCAAAGAUUGUUGAAAGAGACACUAGUGCUGUUCCUGUGUUACUCCCAGCCUUCACAAACACAGCUUUCCCCAAAGUCCUACAUCGCUCUACAGUCAAUAAGCAGGAAACAGCACCCGGAGGUCGGAAAAGUAUUUUUGCGCGACAUAUUGCUGCACAGAAGGCUAAAACAGGACCUGGAGAGAGGAACGAGGCAAAAAUCGGCAACACACAGAAAUCUGAAUCCAGACCUGUUCAUGGCACUGCUGAGGGUCCCUUACUGGUGUCAGGUCAGGGCCUUGGUCCAGGCAGCACCAUGGAAACACUAAAGAUCCACCAGGAGAACCAAGCCAGGCUCCAAGGAAUGUCCCAGAGUGAGAUAUUGGAGGAGCAGAAAUUGCUGUUGGCCCAACUAGAUUCAAGAUUGGUGGACUUUGUAAGGUCACAGAAAAAUCAGAACGCCUCAUUGACUUCUAUCGAUAAAUCAGCGUGUCCUGUCCAGUCUUUAACCGAGAACAAAGCUUCAGCACCUCACUAUUCAGACACAGCACAGGACUCGCAGGAGGUGGCAAUGGAUACUGAUGAAGAGGAUGAAACUAAACCUGCUAAUCAUCAUCCAAUCACUGCGGAACAGCUUCCGAUCCAGCCUGAGAAAGAGUGGCUACACAUGGACAAACUGGAACCGGAGAAACUGGAGUGGAUGAGAGAUUUGCCCGCCCCUAGAAAGCAGGCCACCAAAAAGGACAUGCAGGCACGCUUCGACUUUUCUGGCACCCUUCUUCCCCCCACAGAAGACUUACCCACUCAUCUUGGCCUUCAUCAUCAUGGGGAGGAGCCAGAGUUGGCAGGCUACUCAUUGCAGGAGCUUUUUCUCCUUUCCCGCAGUCAGCUGACCCAGCAGAGGAGUCUGGCUCUGAACACUUUGGCCCACAUCCUGUCAAAGGCUCGUGCUGGGGAGUACUCGUCAUGCCUAAAAGGCAAUGUGCUGACCUCCUUGCUCGAUGCUGGACUUCUCUUUCUGUUGCGAUUCUCGCUGGAUGACAGCGUUGAGAGUGUAAUGUCUGCAGCUGUGCGUGCCCUGCGAGCGUUGCUAGUUUCCACUGAAGAUGAGGAGAAUCUGGACAAUCUGUUUUCCUGGAUGCUAGGGAUGGCAGCUUUCCCCUUGGUUCCUCAGCUUCAAAAAGAGGAUGAUGAAGACGACGAAGGUCUGAUUGAGUCUAAAAAGGAAACCGAGAAAGAGAAAGAAGAGAGAAAAUUAGAUCACAGUGUCGCUCAACAGGAUGUUCUCAAGGGAUUGUUGAAGAUGCAGCUCCUGCAGCGAAUGCGCUAUAUUCUCGAGGUGGUACAACCUUCACCCCAAACAGUUCUCGCUAUUCUGGAGAUUCUGAUCCGAAUCGCUCGACAUUCCGUCUCUGCAGCUGCACAGAUCCUUGAUUGCCCCCGGCUAAUGGCGACCGUGAUGGCAAAUUUCCUGCCUUGCUCAUGGAGCGUACAGACGUCAUCAACCAAACCUUCUUUAUAUGGGUUGCCUGUUUCUAAGGCAAUGAAGCUCCUGCGAGUGUUGGGAAGCACCGGCAGGUACACCUGUGCGAGAAUACUCAAUCUAUGUGGAAAGGAGCGUCUGUCUCGGUUUUUGUCAGUGGAACCUUCAGAGCUUUUGUUGGAGUCUGAGGAAAAUAUCUGCUGUAGCACCGAGGCUCUGAGGCUUUGGGCUGUGGCUGCAAGCUAUGGCCAGGGUUGUAGCCUAUACAAAGACCUGUACCCGGUGUUGGUGAAGGCUUUGCAGGCUGCACAUAAGCCUUGUGCUCCCUCUGAGUCUCUGUUGGUCCUGGAGCGCUACAGAGUCAAGUCCCUGCUCGUGUUGCUCACUCAGGUCACACACACUGCUGGCUGCCACCAGGAGAUACAAAGUGGACUGCUGAGCUCUCAGGGAGCUGAGUGUCUCCCCCCACCCCCAGUGAUGUGGAGUCAUGUGUCUGGGCUGCAGCCCACUGUGAUGGGCAUACUGAAAGGCUGCAUGGGAAAGCUGGAUGACCCAAGCCAUCGGUCAAGCACCCUAAACCUCCUGCCAUCUUUCCUAAUCUACAUGGGAGCAUAUUACUCUCAGCUCAGACUGCAGAGUUCAUUCCAGUCGGUGCAGUGCCUGGAGGAACUAGAGGCCUUGUCUAAAGAGGUGCUCCUGCCUCUCGUGUCUACUCAGGUCUUUCACUGCAUGAUAGACAGCCUCAGGUCCAGUUCAGUAACAUGUCAGCCUGGUAUGAGCACUUCAGACCAGAAUGUUCCCAGUCUGCCAGGGUUGGGCGGCAACAGGUUUACCAGCCUGUUAGGACCUGAAUCUCCUCUCCCUCUCUGCACUGCACUCUUCUACCUCCUGGACAUCAUCGUGACCAUCCAUCGAGGCUUAACUAAGAGUUUCAGCUCUCUCAUCCUCUCGGACUCCAUUCUGACCUACCUGAAGGCUUGUGUUGGAGCAACACCCUCAGUGUCUCAUACCAGCGCCUGGAUUUUGCGCCAUGAGCACCACCUUCUCUAUCGGAUACUCCGACUGGCUCACAGGCUGGUUUCUGCUCAUCCAGAGGUGAAGAAACAUGCUUCACUUUUUCACCAAGUUUCCUUGGCUCUGAUCUCCUGGCUGUUGCCUGGAAGCGAAUAUCUGGCACAUGAACUUUUGUCUACUAUGAUCUUCAAUCACGAUCUCUUUCCUGAGGCUGGUAGUGGAGGUCCAGAAGCAGUGACCCUGGCAGAGCUGCAUCUUCAGGAGACGUCUAGUCAUUCACCCAGCCCUGGUCCCCUCCUCCGUGAAGCCCUAGCCCAGCUUCCCUCAAUCCGUGCCUGCUACCUCACCCAGCUUGCCUACAUGGAGCCUGCUGUGAUCACGUCCCGUGAGCGGCACCUUGGUCGUAACCCUUGGCUUUCUUCUCAGCUCCUCCCUGAACUCUCAGGCCCCUCACUGCCUUCUGAUUGGGCCUUUCUGCCUCUCAUCAGCCUUUACGAGCGUGUAGGAGUGUCUCACGGCGGUGGGCUAAGGGCCGAAUCGCUACCUCCUGGCUCAGUGCAGUCACUUACGUAUUGCCUGCAGUGGCUUCUUGUACUCGAGAACUUUAGGGAGCGAGCGCUGCAGCUGGUGCCACCUGUGGCCAAACUGGCACGUCUGGCCUGCGUCUUCCUGUGCUCUAGUGAUAUCUUUCUGGAGAGACCAGUGAAGGAGUUCACAUGGGCGCUCCUGCAUGGGAUGACUAGACCCGGACGUUUAGAAGCUCUGGACCUGAGUUUACCGCCUCCAGGUUUAGCCUCCUUCCAUGACCUCUACUCCGCACUGCUGGCUCAGUAUGAGGCCGUGUCCUUCGGCGACUCGCUCUUUGGCUGCUUCAUACUGUUGCCACUUCAGAGACGGUACAGCGUGUCUAUGAGACUGGCCGUGUUUGGCGAGCAUGUCUCCAUUCUGCGCUCACUCGGGGUCUCGCUGGAGCAGCUACCUGUUGCUCUGGAGAAAUUUACUUCCCCUGCUGAGAAUUCGCUGCCUUUGCUGCGGCUGUAUUUCCGAGCUCUGGUGACAAAAGCUCUGAGGAGGGAUUGGUGCCCUGUACUGUACGCUGUCGCUGUCGCCCAUCUCAAUGCUUUUAUUUUCUCCCAAGAAGCUGCUCCACAGGAAGUAGAGACUGCUCGCCGGAGUCUGCUGAGAAAGACAUACUACCUGACAGACGAGGUGUUGAGGAGCCACCUGCUGCUUUUCCGUCAACCCCAGCAACACAGUGAGCUGGGCUUCAGCACAUACGAGCAGCUGACGUCCAUUCGUGCCGGCAGGCUCCAGAGCGUGAUAAAAGCCAAGGAAGGAAAUGACUAAGACAGAUGAGCCAGCACAGGCUCAGUUCUGUGGUGCAAAUCCAUAGCCUUCAAGGCACUGUGACAAAUUAAGACUGAAAUUAGUUCUUUAAAAGUGUUUUGAAUUUCGCAUUAAAAAAGGUCAUUUAAUUGCA